AUGUUUUUAACAGAAUGUGACCUCACUGGGAUACCAGAGAACAGAAUAAGCAGAUCAGAUCCAGUUGUUCAUCCAAGUCCUAGACGCAGCAGUGCGAGAAUCAGAGCGGUGGCAGACCCGGCAAGACCAGGCGACAGCGACCUCCAGGACACCCGUACUCCAUCGCUAGGUAAAGAGUAUGAAUUUCAGGAUUAUCUAUUAAAUGAGAAAAAGCAUCCUGGGCUGAGUGACAAAUUUGGUCCUUUGGAAUCUGCACAUAUUUUCACCUGGAAACGCGCAAAGAUGGAUGCAGAUGGGGAAAAUAAAAAGCUGCGCACACGCUCAAAAGGGAUCAAGGUUCAAGUGGACUCUAUAGCUCAAGAGCUCAGUGCCUACAAAUGCUCCAUGGCUAAGAAGAGAAAAGCCGAAGAACAGAUAUCAGGUGUUCCCGUCAACAAAAGGAAGUCCCUGUUAAUGAAACCCCGCCACUACAGCCCCAGCUUGGAAUGCAAAGAAGAAAAUGAAGAGAGGAUGAAUUUACAGAAAGAGAUCAGUGUCCUGGAAAGCAGCUCAACCCCAGAGGAAAGUACUCCAAAAUUAUCAGAGGAAACCCCUCAUUCUGGUGGGCAAGAAAAUUCCAGUCAAAGGAAAAAUAACUACUCCAGCUAUCAAGAUGUCGUGACCAAAUCUUUGAUGAACGUGGGAAAAUUAUCAAAAGAUGCACCCAGUCAAACAGUGGCAGAAAAUCUAAAUGAUAGUGGCAUUCAAUCCUUAAAAACAGAAAGUGAUGACACUGAUGAAUGUUACAUGAUUAAUUCAGCUGAAGGAAAGGAAAAGACUGUUAUUUCUGACCCAAAAUACUGUUCCUCUGAGGAAAAUGAAAGUAACUCUGAAAUUAUGGACAACGAGUGGGACAGCUCCUCAAAUUUCUCAGAAGAAACUAGUGUAAAGCCCCAUGUAACUCAGAAGUAUAUUGUAGAGUGUAAUCAACCUAGCAUCCUGGAAGUCCCAGAAAUUAAGAAGGAAGAGGUAGAAUUUGGCCCUUGUGACUCAGAAACAGAGCUAAGAGCACCCCAGGAGUCUCACCCAGAUCCUUUUGAGAAGAGAAUUCAGAAUCCCUUCCCUGAAAGUGAAGAAGAUGACAACGAGUGCCUGUCAGAAACCACAGAAGUGUCAGUUGAGCUGGACAAAACAAAAGGGAACUUGAGUUUGCUAGAACAAGCAAUCGCUCUGCAGGCAGAGCAAGGGCAUGUGUUUCACAGCACCUACAAGGAACUGGAUAGGUUUCUUCUGGAGCAUCUAGCAGGGGAAAGGAGACAGACCAAAGUUAUUGACAUUGGUGGGAGACAGAUGUUUAGCAACAAACAUUCACCCAGGCCUGAAAAGAGAGAAACCAAAUGUCCCAUCCCAGGAUGUGAUGGCACAGGGCAUGUGACUGGGCUGUACCCUCACCACCGCAGUCUCUCAGGCUGUCCACACAAAGUUAGAGUGCCACUAGAAAUUCUUGCCAUGCAUGAAAAUGUUUUAAAGUGCCCCACCCCAGGAUGCACUGGAAGAGGACACGUCAACAGCAAUCGCAAUACGCACAGAAGCCUUUCUGGUUGUCCAAUUGCUGCAGCUGAAAAGUUGGCAAUGUCCCAGGAAAAGAACCAGCUCGAGUCUCCGAAAGCUGGGCAGUGCCAUGAUCAGACUCACAGGACAAAUUCAGCCAAGCAGCCUGAGGCAGCUCAGUACAAUUACAGACCUUCACAGCCAGUCAUCUCCUCCAGAGCCACCCUGAUGAAAGAACAGGAGAAGUUUGGGAAAGUACCAUUUGAUUAUGCCAGCUUUGAUGCACAAGUCUUUGGCAAACGCAUAGUAGCACCUGUGGCACAAGGACGAAAGCCACCCCAAUUCCUUGAAUCAAAGCAUUUUUCAAAUCCAGUGAAAUUUUCUAAUCGACUGCCUAGUGCUAGCGCCCACACACAGAGCCCUUGCCAUGCCAACUCUUGUAGCUACGGUCAAUGUAGUGAAGACACCCACAUAGCAGCAGCUGCUGCUAUCCUGAACCUUUCCACCCGCUGCAGGGAAGCAGCAGAGAUCCUCUCCAACAAACCACAGAGUCUGUCUGCCAAGGGAGCUGAGAUAGAAGUGGAUGAAAAUGGCACUCUGGAUUUGAGCAUGAAAAAGAACCGAAGCCAAGACAAAGUUAUGCCUCUCACUUCUUCCAGCACAGCACUUCCCACUCCUUCCUCUUCUCCUUUCAAAAGAAGCAGCAUCCUGGUAAAUGCAGCCUUCUACCAGGCCCUUUGUGAACAGGAAGGCUGGGAUACACCAAUCAACUACAGCAAGACCCACGGCAGGAGAGAAGAAGAAAAAGAGAAAGAUCCAGUGAGCUCUCCAGAAAACAUGGAGGAAAAGAAGUAUCCAGGAGAUGUCUCCAUACCAAGUCCUAAACCUAAGAUCCAUUCAAGAGAUCUCAAAAAGGAACUCAUCACCUGUCCAACUCCGGGAUGUGACGGUAGCGGUCAUGUAACAGGAAACUAUGCCUCACACCGCAGUGUUUCUGGGUGCCCAUUAGCUGACAAGACAUUAAAAUCCCUUAUGGCUGCUAACUCUCAGGAGCUUAAGUGCCCAACACCUGGCUGUGACGGCUCUGGCCACGUGACAGGGAACUAUGCGUCCCAUAGAAGCUUAUCUGGUUGUCCUCGUGCCAGGAAAGGAGGUAUCAAAGUGACUCCUACCAAGGAAGAAAAAGAAGACCCUGAACUUAAAUGUCCAGUGAUAGGCUGUGAUGGCCAAGGUCACAUAUCAGGUAAAUACACUUCUCAUCGCACUGCUUCUGGUUGUCCUUUGGCUGCCAAGAGACAGAAGGAGAGUCCUGUCAAUGGGUCUUCACUAUCCUGGAAACUGAACAAACAAGAGCUGCCACACUGUCCUUUGCCAGGCUGCAACGGGCUGGGUCAUGUUAAUAAUGUUUUUGUCACCCACAGAAGCCUGUCUGGUUGUCCUCUGAAUGCACAAGCUAUAAAAAAGGGCAAAAUUUCAGAAGAAUUAAUGACUAUCAAGCUUAAAGCAAGCGGUGGUAUUGAGAGUGAUGAAGAAAUCAGACACUUGGAUGAGGAAAUAAAAGAACUGAAUGAAUCCAAUCUUAAAAUUGAAGCUGACAUGAUGAAACUUCAAACCCAGAUCACAUCUAUGGAGAGCAACUUGAAAACGAUAGAGGAAGAGAACAAACUCAUAGAGCAGAACAACGAGAGCCUGUUGAAGGAGUUAGCGGGCUUAAGCCAAGCCCUUAUCUCCAGCCUCGCUGACAUUCAGCUUCCACAGAUGGGGCCAAUCAGCGAGCAGAAUUUCGAAGCAUAUGUAAAUACACUCACAGACAUGUACAGCAAUCUGGAACGGGACUAUUCCCCCGAAUGCAAAGCUCUGCUGGAAAGUAUCAAACAGGCAGUGAAGGGCAUCCAUGUGUAGGAUGUGAAAGCUGCUGGGCAACAGAAAUUACUUAACAGCAGUAAACUCCAGAUGGAUCUGUUAGGAGUUCAUG